GGCGGUUCGCUGCGCUGACAGACCAGCGAAGUGAAUUUGGAUGGAGAGAUUAGGAGCGAUCAGAGAUCUUCUUGUGCAGGACUACUUUAUCCUGAACUGUUAAUGGGUAUGAAUCUACUGUCUGAAGUAAUCUCCCCUGUGUCAGAUCUGUCUCGCUUUACUGUCACGGCCUUGGCUGUGGGGCCGUGAAUGACGGCCACCAUGGCGUACCCCAACACCAGCAUACUGACAGCCAACUUCAGUGGGGGUUCGGAUGGCCAUGGCUCAGGGGGAAACAUCUACCGGCCCUUCUCUGUGUUCAGUGUGCUGACCCUUACCUUACUGGCCAUGCUGGUGGUGGCCACAUUUGUGUGGAACUUGCUGGUGCUGGUGACAAUCCUGAGGGUCAGGACAUUCCACCGCGUGCCCCACAACCUGGUGGCUUCCAUGGCCAUCUCUGACGUCAUGGUGGCCGCCCUGGUUAUGCCUCUCAGCCUGGUCCACGAGCUGAACGGCAGGCUGUGGAAACUGGGCCGCGUGCUGUGCCAGGUGUGGAUCUCCUUCGACGUGCUCUGUUGCACAGCCAGCAUCUGGAACGUGACGGCCAUUGCGCUGGACCGCUACUGGUCCAUCACCAGGCACCUGGAGUACACACUCAAGACACGCAAAAAGAUCUCCAACGUGAUGAUCGCCCUGACCUGGCUGCUCUCCUCCAUCAUCUCCCUGUCACCGCUCUUCGGCUGGGGAGAGACUUACUCAGAAGGGAUGAAGUGCCAGGUGAGCCAGGAGCUGUCCUACACCAUUUUCUCCACUUUCGGAGCCUUUUACCUGCCACUUUGUGUGGUGCUGUUUGUCUACUGGAAGAUCUACAAGGCGGCCAAGUUCCGGAUCGGCUCCCGCAAGACCAACACGAUCACACCCAUGGCUGAGGUGAUUGAGGUGAAGGAGGCAUCGCAGCAGCCCCAGAUGGUGUUUACGGUCCGUCAUGCCACAGUGACCUUCCAGACGGACGGGGACACGUGGCGGGAGCAGAAGGAGAAAAAGGCAGCGCUGAUGGUAGGCAUCCUGAUUGGCGUGUUCGUCCUCUGCUGGAUCCCCUUCUUCAUCACCGAGCUCAUCAUCCCACUGUGCUCCUGCGACAUCCCACCCAUCUGGAAGAGCAUCUUCCUGUGGCUGGGUUACUCCAACUCCUUCUUCAACCCGCUCAUAUACACCGCCUUUAAUAAGAACUACAACAAUGCCUUGAGGAAUCUCUUCUCCCGACAGCGCUGAGGCAGCAGCACACAAAACACACAUAUACUUGCACACACACACACACACAUACACACCAGCAGGCACACCACAUCUUUACACUAGAGACUGAAGGGGACUAACCUGUCCAUGUCUAUCUUUCCACCCUCUCUCAAAAAGGAAUACGUGAUAACCAGAAGCAGUGUUUGCAAGAACUGUCUUCACAGA